AUGCCGAAGGAAGCUACCAAGGCCACUAGGCGCAAGGCCGCCGACAAGGAGAAGGCGCCCCGCAAAACCAAGAAGGACAAGAAUGCGCCAAAGAGGGCAUUGUCGGCGUACAUGUUCUUCAGCCAGGACUGGCGAGAGCGUGUCAAAGCAGAGAACCCUGAUGCGAGCUUCGGCGAGCUUGGCAAGCUGCUAGGCACCAAGUGGAAGGAGCUGGACGAGGAAGAGAAGAAGCCUUACAUCGAACAGGCGGAGCGAGACAAGGCCCGGGCAGAGCGGGAAAAGAAAGAUUACGAUAAUAAGAAAGUGGACAGUGGCAGCGGCGAUGGCGAUGAAGACGACGACGAGUAA